CAUCAUGAAACAUGCGAGAACAGGAAAUAGCAUACUUCCGUGUUGUCUAACGAUGUCUCAAGUGUUUCAUUAACAUUUUAAUGUUCAACAAUGUUCUUGUGACCCGAACCACCCGAACCGUGGCGAGCAGAGUGGUGCGGUACCACCGGUCCGGCUCCAGGCUGCGAGCUGCUCCGGGUUUUGGAAGCCCUCCCGCCGCAGUGGGAGGAAGUUGAGCCACAAGGCAGCGCAGCCACCGCGUUAAAGACGAGAGAAAAACACGGAGACUAGGGGUUUCCACGGGACACGCACGGUACCGGAGUCGGGGUCCGGACAUCUCGUGAGACACCGGAGAGAGGACAGAGUCUCCCGGCACUCGCUUCGGAGGGCCACCGGACACUGAGCCGCUCACUAUAGCCGAGCCGACGGAAGAUCCUCCAGCUCGGCUAGCCUGGUAGGAAGGAGUCGCCCGGAGCUGGCGGAGCACGAAGACCCGCAACCCCUCCUGUUUGUAGAGAUCAGUGCGGUCGACGAGACGCCAGCGUCUCGGUGCGGUACACUUCCGCGCCACCUCCGCCGGUCGACACGUUCCUCCCCGCCGUUUACUGCUUUAGUUUGUCCGCCAUUUGACUUAAAAGUUCCGAGUGUUUCUGGCGCCCCCUCCCCCUCCUCCAGCGUCACUGGCAGUCCCCAGGCAGCCCUCCGCGCUGGCUGCCCCGGCGACGCGACGACGCUUCACUAACACUCGGCCUGGACGCUGCGGGGUCAUUUUUAGGAGACUUUUGGAGACACUGGAUGUUUUCUUGUGAAGGAACGCAGCCUGACUCGAAGCUGCCGGCUAGCAGCGCAGCUAGCCCGCUAGUCUGUUAGCUCCGCAGCUAGCUGCAUGCUAACUAGCAAAGCAAACAUCGACGGUAGCUUCUGACGUGAUCGAGCGUCGCAGGCAGCAGCCUGAGGGACAUAGUCUCUCGUCCUCCUCAGUCCGGGACCAGACCAGACGACGUUUCGGGCCGAGGCAGGCAGCUCUCCGUGUGGACUGUGUGGAACGCAAAGGAGGCGCGCUAGCUUGUGUUUGCUGGCUGGAAGACAUUUGCAUUGCUCUCACACAAGAAGACACUUUUCAAGCACGCAGCUGGAGGAUUAGUCCACCUGCCCUCCAUCCUCCCUCCUCAACACAGCCUGUGUGGACAGACCAGCGUGGACAUUGUUCCGGGGGACGGAUGCUGCAUCGGGGACAGGCCGUCAAUCCCGUGCGUGUGACGGCAGCGUGCACGGAGAAGCUGUUGCCUUAAAUGGGAUCGAAAUAAAAAGCAAGCAUCGAAUCUUUGAUUGGCAACUACUCCUCCUCCAAGCCAAUGAUGACACUCUGAGGACACGGUCGACAGCCAGGACACCCGCCCUCCUCCUCCCCCCACCCUACCCCGGGACAUUGAUGGUGGUCUCAUCUGGUGGAGGACCUCUGUGUUUUUGAAGCUCCACGCAAAAGUCUGCUGAGAAAGAUGGCGGACCUGGAGGCAGUGUUGGCUGAUGUCAGCUACUUGAUGGCGAUGGAGAAGAGCAAGUCCACUCCAGCAGCACGCGCCAGCAAGAAGAUCAUCCUGCCCGAGCCCAGCAUCCGCAGCGUGAUGCAGAAGUACUUGGAGGAACGCGACGAGCUCACCUUUGACAAGAUUUUCAACCAGAAGAUCGGCUUCCUGCUCUUCAAGGACUUCUGCUUGAACGAGAUUGACGAGGCCGUGCCGCAGCUCAAGUUCUACGAAGAAAUCAAAGACUAUGAGAAGCUGGACUCUGAGGAGGAGCGGCUGAGUCGCAGUCGGCAGAUCUACGACGGCUACAUCAUGAAGGAGCUGCUGUCCUGCUCGCAUCCGUUCUCCAAAAAAGCUGUGGACCACGUGCAGAGUCACCUGGCCAAGAAGCUGGUGCCCCCCACCCUCUUCCAGCCCUACAUCCUGGAGAUCUGCGACAGCCUGAGAGGGAAGAUCUUCCUGAAGUUCAUCGAGAGCGACAAGUUCACUCGCUUUUGCCAGUGGAAGAACGUGGAGCUCAACAUUCACCUGACCAUGAACGACUUCAGCGUGCACCGCAUCAUCGGCCGCGGCGGCUUCGGCGAGGUGUACGGCUGCAGGAAGGCCGACACUGGCAAAAUGUACGCCAUGAAGUGUCUGGACAAGAAGAGGAUCAAGAUGAAGCAGGGCGAGACGCUGGCGCUCAACGAGAGGAUUAUGCUGUCGCUCGUCAGCACAGGGGACUGCCCCUUCAUCGUGUGCAUGACGUACGCCUUCCACACCCCCGACAAGCUCUGCUUCAUUCUGGACCUCAUGAACGGUGGUGACCUGCACUACCACCUGUCCCAGCACGGCGUCUUCAGCGAGAAGGAAAUGCGCUUCUACGCCGCAGAGAUCAUCCUGGGCCUGGAACACAUGCACAACCGCUUUGUGGUGUACCGAGACCUCAAGCCAGCUAAUAUCCUGUUGGACGAGCACGGUCACGUUCGGAUCUCCGACCUGGGACUGGCCUGCGACUUCUCCAAGAAGAAACCUCACGCCAGCGUUGGUACCCAUGGGUACAUGGCUCCAGAGGUGCUCCAGAAGGGGACGGCGUACGACAGCAGUGCUGACUGGUUCUCUUUAGGAUGCAUGCUCUUCAAGCUCCUCCGAGGGCACAGCCCCUUCCGACAGCACAAGACCAAAGACAAACAUGAGAUUGACAGGAUGACACUCACCAUGAAUGUGGAGCUGCCCGACUCCUUCACAGCAGAACUCAAAGAACUUCUGGAGGGUCUCCUGCAGCGUGACGUGUCCAAGAGGCUGGGCUGCCAGGGCAGAGGCAGGGCCUCGGAGGUCAAGGAGCAUCCUUUCUUCAAGGGCAUGGACUGGCAGCAGGUGUACCUUCAGAAGUACUCGCCGCCCUUAAUCCCGCCCAGAGGGGAGGUCAACGCUGCCGACGCCUUCGACAUCGGCUCCUUUGAUGAGGAGGACACCAAGGGCAUCAAGCUGCUGGACAGCGACCAGGAGCUCUACAAGAACUUCCCUUUGGUCAUCUCAGAGCGCUGGCAACAGGAAGUGGCGGAGACGGUCUACGAGGCCGUCAACUCGGACACGGACAAGAACGAAGCUCGCAAGAGAGCCAAGAACAAGCAGCUGGGCCACGAGGAAGACUACGCCUUGGGGAAGGAUUGCAUCAUGCACGGAUACAUGCUGAAACUGGGCAACCCCUUCCUCACCCAAUGGCAGCGACGCUACUUCUACCUCUUCCCCAACAGGGUGGAGUGGAGGGGGGAGGGGGAGUCACGGGAAACAUGGCUGAAACGCUUGACGCAGCACAAAGAUUCGCAAAACCUGCUGACGAUGGAACAGAUCGUAUCGGUGGAGGAAACGCAGAUUAAAGACAAGAAAUGCAUCCUGCUGCGCAUCAAAGGAGGGAAGCAGUUUGUGCUGCAGUGCGAGAGCGAUCCAGAGUUGGUGCAGUGGAAGAAGGAGUUGACCGAUGCGUUCACUGAAGCUCAGAAAUUACUGCGCCGUGCUCCCAAGGUCAUCGGGAAGAGUCGUAGCGGCGUGGUGGAGCUCUCCAAACCCCCCCUCACGCACCGCAACAGCAAUGGCCUGUGAACUCACACGCACAUGCACGUGCAAACACACACACAUACACACACACACACACACACGCACACACACACACAGAUAAUGACUAAUCCUACUUUUUCCCGCCAUGGGACCUUGCCAGUCAUGGACAGGAAGCAUGUGACCUGCAUGAACCUGAGGGGGGCGUGUCCUCCCACCACCCCCCCACCACCACUCUCACUGAUGGGGCGCUCUAAAGACUCACGUCGCUGUCCUUCCUCUCGUUAGCAAUGAUUGCUAACCCCCCCUCAACACCCUCCCUCAGCGUGUAAUGGACGUGCUAAAGUGCCAACAUUUCCUUGAGUCGCCGAGGACCUCCAUGACGGCCGUGGCGGGCUGAACAUUCCACUGCAGGAAGCAGGAAGUGAACGGACCACAGAUUCCUCUGAUUGACCAAUCAGCAUAGAGACUGACAUUCCAUUGGCUGACCAGCAGCAGUCAGUCGCUAUGGUAACCAGUGGUCUCCUGGGGGGGCGUGUGUAUAUAUUGUUUGUGUUUUCGUGUUUGCAUCAUGGUUGCCGGGUGGGGAGGGGGA